UGUAGUCGCGUCACACCGCCCAGCGCCGGGAGUAUCGCGAGACUGCGUCACGGCACAAGCCUCAGUCACUCACACGCUAGCCUGGGACACGGACAGAGGGGAUGGCAGGCAAGCAGUACACGGUCACGUGCACGGCGGUGGGGGACGGGGGAGUGGGCAAAACAUGCCUCAUGCUUACUUUUCUGACAGGAAAAUACCCGGAGUCCUACCUCCCAGGAUCUAUGGACUGGCACAACGAGUUUGCCCACGUGACUCGGGAGCCGGUCAAGUUUGAAUAUGAGGGGACUUCCGUUUCCCUGAAUCUGGUGGACACAGUUGGACUGGACGAGUACCAGAAGCUGCGGGAGAAGGUAUGCCACAACACUGACGUAUACUUGGUGUGCUAUGACGUCACCAACCCGUCCUCCCUGGAUCGCGUGGAGCACCACUGGGUGCCAGAGAUCCGGGACUACUCCCCCACUGCCCCCUUCCUCCUCGUGGGCACAAAGACGGACGCCAGGAACACCAUUACCAAGGACGCUGACCCCAAGAGUCGGUCCAUCCCUGUCGAGGAAGGGAUGCGGAAGGCGGAGGAACUGGGCGCGUUCGGCUACGUGGAGUGCUCGGCCAAGAGCUGUGUGGGACUACGGAGAGUGUUUGAAAGCGCGGCUCUCGCGUAUAUGGACAAGUACGUUCCCGUGGAUACCAAGAAAAAGAGUUGUGUGGUAUCAUAGUCGACGUUGUAACUCAUCUGUCAAGUCGACGGCUGUGUCAAGGUGCUGAGUUUAUACUGGUCUGAAUUACUGGUCAUGUCUGGCUCCUUGCGAGCGAGGUUUCGACCCAAUGAUAGCCUUGCUCCAAGGCUGUAUUGAACGAAAAGCCCAUGGAUGUGUGGGAGUUCUAUCCUUCUAAUAGGCAAGUCUAGAUUUGUGGACAGUACAAACAGUCUCUUAUAGGGACAACUUGGUAUUAUUUACAUAAUCUAGAAAUUAUGAUUUAAGCUAAUAAUUAUUACCUUAGAGAGCUGAGCAAGUCUACGUCUAUGCCGCCCAAGGCUGUGACGAUUCACCGAUUGUCGGUGUAUCGUGAUACUGCGUGGUGCGUUACCAAUACCGUACCGUGAUGUCUGUAUGGAUCCUAUUGAUACAAGGAGUAUAUGUAACACUGUAUUAAAAUUAAAUGUCAAAACUAUUUCGUAACAAUG